GCCGGCAGAUCGAGUCUCAACACCAGCUGGUGUCGUUCUGGUUGCCCGGAACGGCCCUUGCGCUAUUUCCCCAGGGCGGCCAUCAGCAAUGAAUCCGUCUCGGCCCGUCAUCAGCAUAGUCACCAUGCAGACGGUAUACGUUUUGCUUAUAUCUCGUCUUUGCUUCGCAACACCGGCCGAUCCGGUUCACGCUCGAGCCGCGAACGACUUGAAUUCGACAGCGAUCAGCGAUACGAUAGAUCCAUUGAUGAGUGGCGCCGAUGGGCGCGCCCUUUCCGGAAUGUGCUCGGAGCAAGCCCACUUGCCAAAUUGUCGACCCUGUUCGGAAGGCUGCUGCGACGACUACGUCGACCUGUGCGAUAAGGCCGACAAUGACACCUUGGAAGCACCCCGAGAUGUCGACACAGUCGGCAAAAACCCGAAGUUAGGGCAGUUUAGCUGUUCCACAGUCAACGGGGAAACCUCGGGAUACCUGCUUAUCAGCACCUGUAGCGAAGACCACAAAGAAUACACGUACGCCUCAAGACAGUGCCCUGGGAAGGAGAAUGCCCCUUUCUUUUCGAUCGCCAACGUGACGGUCACGAGUCGGACCAGCGGGUUGUCGUACAGGAACGUAUACUGCGCCGUGUGUAACAACGAGACGGUGGCAGAUCUGCGAGCCUGGCCGGUGGACGUGACUUGUGGCAGCACGGACGUAGCGGAUUACAGAGCCCUCCUGGCGAGGCUCCGCGACUCCAGCAGAGACCAGGAGGAGGAAUGCCGGGUGAGGGUCCAGCGUCCACAAGCCUGCGAUGCAGCCGAUUGGGAGACGCCGGCGCCGCGCGGAUGUACUCGGCAUUGGGUGACACGUUGUUCACUGGGAAUCUUUAAGACCGUCAACAGAAUACCUGCAGGGCAGCUGGAUGUCGAACAAAUUCCUCCAAUCUCAAUCUUGAUGGAUUUCCGUUCCAGCAGCCACCUUAGGGUUGUCCGCGAGCAAACAGUCGUCGACGAGGAACGCGUGUUGUGUCCAGCGGGGCACGUGUUCGACCCCUUCACGUCUCAAUGCCAGCAGCUGUUUUGCAAGGUGGGGUACAUCUUACAAACCGACAGCGGCCAAUGUGUCGCUGUACCAGGGAAUGUGAAAAUACACGUUACCCGCACAGUAAACGGAAAUGGCACACAAACUGGCUGUUUGGUACACCAAGAAGAGACCGCUCUCUGUAUUGCAAGAUUUCUCGAGAUCGAGACUCAUGAAAUCAACUUACUCAGCGAGGGAAAUCUGCAAUCUGGCGGGCAGACUGAAGUCUGCCUUUUUACAUUCCUCCUGGACUCCAGCGAUGCAACAUUUGAGACGAUUGGGCUGCAUCUACUCUCACCUUGGAGCCAGGCUGAAAACUUGCAGUCGUGUCACAAAUCAAGAGUUUGGCUUGUUAAGGUUGAGAGGCAGAUGGACGACACCGAUGCCUCGUGUAUGUUUACGCGUCGACUGAACGACACAGCGUACUUCAUACAGGUCAACAAUUUCUCGUUUGCUGUUGACGCAGAAGAGCAGCGGUACUCGCUGGAACAAGUAACAGUCCGCGCGACGUUUCGUGCGGAAGGAACGAACUUCAGUAGGUUAGUGGAGCUGGAAAUCUGCGAAGAUGUGAAACUCACCUGUCCGCUGAUUUAUAUGAGCAAAACUUUGUUCCGCAAGAUUAACAACGCCAGCGGCUCGGUAGAGUACAUCCAUACCGGUCGGGUCUUCUCCAACAGCGAGUAUAAAGACACGGGAGACGGUAUACUAGUGUGCUCCUUCCUGGAGAGCAACGGUACACGCAACACUACUGUUACCGUGAAAUUCUUCGCUUACUCCCAGUCGCAAGUCGUGCUGAGCCUGGUGGGCAAUGUGGUGUCGAUGGUGGCCGGUGGAUUGACUUUCCUGACCUACUUCCUCUUCGAGGUGCUGCGGAACCACGCCACUUGCUGCGUAAUGAACCUGGUGGCGUCCUUAUUCAUGGCCCAACUCAUGCUCUUGCUGACGAGCUCGGCGACCGCCAACCCGGCUGGUUGUACCAUGGUGGCCGCUCUGAGCCACUAUCUAUGGUUGGUCAACGUCUUCUGGACGGCUGUCCUCGCUUACGAUCUCAGCCGGACCUUCGCUGGCGACUCCUGCCUCGUGGGCCGGGCGUGUAAAACCGCCGGGCGCCGGCCGAGGCUCCGCACGUACGUGCUGCUGACAUGGGGCGGAAGCCUACUGAUCGUCAUUCCAUGCUUGGUGAUCUCCUCAUGUGACUGCACCGAGAUCCCCCUGAGGUACGGCAGCCCCGAGGUUUGCUGGAUUGGCAACGGGCCUGCCAUCUUGGUGGUAUUCGGCGCUCCAGUGGCUCUCGUCAUGCUAACGAAUAGUCUCCUCUUUGCCAAGACUGUGUGCAGUAUAAGGAAGACAACGAGAGACACACGAACUGUGAAGAGGCAAUUGAGUAAACUAAGAACAGUGAAAGAAGAAAUGAUCAUCUACUUAAAGAUUUCGUCAUUGAUGGGUUUCACGUGGAUCUUCGGCUUCGCCGCCGCCCUGAGUGACGUGGGGGGCCUCUGGUACGCCUUCAUCCUGACCAACACCUGCCAAGGCCUUACCAUCUUCCUGUCCUUCCUCUGCAAGCAGAGGGUCCGGAUCCUGUGGCUGGAGGCUUUCUGCACCGAGUUCUCCCGCAAGAGGAGCUACAGCCUCGGCAUGGCUACCUCCAGUGCCUCCGCAACCCGGAUCAGUAGGGUGUAGUUAUCUAGCGUGAAGCCGUAUGUGCAACAACUUCAGAUUAGACGCCAUUUUGGUUCAAAACCAAAGCGCGUAUUUUUCAACUUUGAUCUGUCGUUCGUCAUUCACCCUCUGACCUCAAUCAACCAUUUACAGCUAUUUUGGGCUGAUUAGUGCAGUCUCACAAAUAUCACCGGAACAAAAUGGCGUCAUUUAAAACGCCACUGUUUUACGGUUUUGAUCUCGAAGAACGCCACAACCUCCAUGUCAAUGCAUGGGAGACAGAAAAGCUGCAUUACUAUACUAGUCACUAGUCCAACAUACUGUUUUCUGCUGCCAUGCCUGCACGAUGCAUCUCCAAUCCUCAUGUGCUACACAAUGAUUCCCUCACCUCUCCGUAUACUUACAAUGAAAACUACGCCGUAUGUCGAUACUUGAGCUGUUGAGAUUUUCCACGAUUGUGACACAAUGUCACAACCGUGACGUAAUUGUGGAUACACCAGAAACAGAACUAUUCAGAUAAAAAUUAAUUCGAGAAGGGUAACAAGGUGUUCAAAAUCCAAAGAGCUACAGUUCAAAAGUAUCAGGAAAAUAAAAAAACCUACUGUCAGGGUCCAAGCUAGAACGGUACCACAAAGCCAAUAACCCUGGCUUUAAUAGUUUAAGCCUGGUCCACACCAUAAUUAACUGACAAGCUGAAGGUCUCCGUCGAUGCCGCGAGACACUGGGUUCUCGUAAUUAAGUUGUCACAGCGUGCUGUUUCGGCCAAAAUAACACUGUCGACAUCCACUAAUCAAGGCGUGCUUUCAACGAGAGUGCACGUGAACAAGUCGUGUGCUUUUUGUUCAAUUGACCUGGAGAGAACGGUUCGACAGCGCCCUCAGUACUUUUGGGGUGGCGUACGCACGGCUGUCAACCUGUAGCGCUGUUUUUUUCCCUCAAAAUUGUGGAAAUCAAACUACACCACUAAAAAAGCAAGGGAAUCGUGAAGUGCUUACGCCCAUCCCAAAUAUACAAGCCUCGUAAAUAUUAAGAACAGGGAUUCACACAACUUUUCAAUAUACUGUUCAGAUCUCCAAACAAACAAGCUGGCGGCAGUUGAACAAACUUUUGACCAUUUGGCAGAGUGAACUUUACUUUCAAAAUCCCUUUGCCACACACUAACAAGUGUUCCAAGGGCGGCGUAGCCACUCACGGAUCUUUAUCUCUACAACUGCCCAUUAAGCCUACUUCAAAAUGUAUAUGAAAUAGGCAAACACAAUCAGCGGUACACUUUUGGCUUCGUAGAUGCCAUUUUUAAAUAUUGAGCACUUCAUAUAAAGCAAAGCACAUUUCCAUGACGAACUCUAUUUUUAUGCAUUUAACAUCUGAUUUUCCCAAAGUAAUGCUCAAAGUGCACAAACAAUGUAUUCGUGCAAGACUGUUUUUAAAGAUUUUAAUGACAAAUUAAUUUCACGUUAGUUUGAAAGUUGAGUAGGGGCAUUUUUCUCCUUUUUCAUGUUUUUGUGGAGAGUUUGUCAUGAGUUUGUUCUGAUCGGGCCGUCUGGUGGCCUGGGAAUCACAAACGCCCAUGUACUGUAUGUCCGUUCCGAUCGGGCACUGGCACGAAACGCCCACCCCCAAAAAAACCUUUGAUCGCUCGGGAAUCUAAAAUGCCCUUAAACCGCAGUCGUGGAUUAGCGAGCAUUAUAACCUCGCCAAGCACAACAGCACCUGUUUUGGAUGGGUUCGUUGAUUGACGAGUUGUUUUCAAAAUGCUGGUGCUAAAUAGAGAUAUAAUGAAUACAUCUGCACGCGACCGGACCGGAAAAAGCCCUCGUCUUAACCGAAAUCUCGUAUUACCCAAGGUCGUAUUAAUUUUUUUUCUCGUAGGACUGUACACACUUUAGUCGAGACUGGCAAAGUAUGCUCGCCUUAACCGGAAUAACGUCUUAUCCAUGCUCGUAUUACCGAGAGUCGACACGUAUACGGAAUUUUGUUUUAAAUUAAAAUUAUUUGGAAAGGAGAGCAAACUAUUAAAGUGUGGCCAUUUGUCAGUCUCAGUUCCUGACGCAAGACGCUAGCGUUGCAUGCACGAGAUGAACCUCUGUGAGUGCACGCUGUUGCGUUCGAGGACUCAUUAUCUACGUACCUGCGUAUCGAUAAUCGCAGUGCCCUCGCGGCCAAACCAGGCGAAAUCGCGACAUUCAGCAACGGGCACGUCAAGCACGCACGCAGUGCGUUCAAGCUGGUAGGGGGCACAGCUUGUAAGAGGGUAUUUCGACUAGGACAAUUGAGGCGAAAUCCACCAUACGAAUUCUCCUUGGAAAGCUUUUUGGAGAGAACAGAUUUUAGAGUAACCAUUUCUCAAACCAAAUUACAAGUAGUACAUGUACCUCUGACAAACACUGAAGUAGAAUUGUAUGGUUUACCGCAGUUUCUCCUAACUUAUUGGAAAUUACUGCGGAUAAUAACAAUUAAAAAUGAAUUCGAUAGGAACCAGUCAUGCCAGGCAUCCACACAUAUUUUAAUGGAUGGAAUCACCAUUUACAUAACGGCUAUUUACAAGCUUCGUUUUUGCAGCUGGUGAUGGGGAAAACAUGGAGAAAGUUCUCAUGGAACAGCCGUUGCAGUGAAAACAUUUUGAUUUAUAAUUAUGUGAUGGAACUACAAUGUGACUUUAUAAUAUAUGCUUUAUUUUUCAUACCCAUUCAGCCUACAAAUCGACAACUAAAGUAGAUGUUUAUGUAAACAUCUGCAUAAAAAAUAUCUGAUUUAAAUAUUGAAAGUCGAUGCUAAAGAAAAUUAUGCUCAGUUUGUAGAAAUGAAAUCAGAAACAUUAUUCCAAUUACAUGUGUAAGUACUUCUGAUUGGAUUUCUUCAGGAACUGCAUGUUCAACACACAUUUAAAUAAUCUUACGAUAUACCUCUCUUAUAAAAAUAUUAAAUUUCGGCAUCUUUGAUUAAAGUUUUAUCCAAAAUUUUAAAAGAAACACAAUA